AUGACUGAAGCAAGUUAUUAUAAAUAUGGGGAGUUACAGAAAGGAGUUCUCACCAAGAUAAGUAAGGAUCUUGUGAAUUUCAAAAAAGCCCCUAAAGAGCGCAAAACUGCAGCAUACUCCUCGGUUCGUCUUGCUAAGCUCGAGGCUGAUAUGGCUACGUCCAAAAUAUACCACGAGGCAAUAAUCGGUGGGGGCAAGUUGGAGGAAGGUUUGAAAAAAGAAGAUUUGCUAGUGGUGUACGACCAAAUCUAUGAAAUAUAUUUAGAAUAUGAAGCAGAGUUGGUUGAGGCAGUGGAAAGGGCGAAGUCGGUAGCUUCAAAUGAGACAAAAACGAUGGCUCCGACAAAUUUUUCAGCGGCUUCAUCAUCACAUUCAGCGAUUCGAUUGCCAAGAUUAGAUUUGCCUAAAUUUAAUGGGUCGUAUGUGGCUUGGCGGGAUUUUCAUGAUAGGUUUCAGUCCCUUGUGCACAAUAACACUAGUAUUGAUGAUAUCGAUAAGUUACAUUUUUUGCAAUCUUGCUUGGUUGGGGAUGCUCAUCGGUUUUUGCAAAAUCUGUCGGUGGAGGCUGCAAGCUAUGAUAAAGCUUGGAAGCUUCUGGAGGAGAGGUAUGACCAUAAAUGCAUUCUGGUGCACAUUCAGAUGCAAGCCCUUUUUGGUCAACCUUCCUUGCCACGGGAAACUGCUUCGGCUGGCACAUCAGGAGCUGCUGCGACAGUAGCUGGGACAGCUGGAACAGCUUCUCAGCCAAGAACUACCAGUUCCAACACAUUCCAGGCUUCUGUCAACACGUACUCACCUGAGUUCCAGCCAACGGUAGAUCAACCAUCCACACAAACUUUUAAUUACCACACGUCGCAUGGUCAAGUGCAAACUCACCAGGUGCUUCUGGCGACAGCAGUUGUGAAGGCCCGAGAUGCAGACGGCAGAACUCGCCUCUUACGUGCUCUGAUUGACACCGGCUCAGAAACUUCAUUCAUCACGGAAUCCGCUGCACAACUGCUGAAGCUGGAAAAGCGGCGUACCUUUGUCGAAGUGUCUGGGUUAGGGUUGGUCAGCAGUGGCAAAACGCAAUUCUCCGUCGAUUUACAUCUUGCAUCCCGCCAUUCGACAUUCGAGAUUGCCAUACAGGCGUAUAUCUUCAAGUCACUGACUGGCCAUCUCCCGACCCAACGAGUGAUAUCCGGCAAAUGGAACCACCUAAAGGAGCUCUCAUUAGCCGAUCCCUAUUUCUUUGAGCCCGCUCCCAUCGAUUUACUCUUAGGAAGCGAUGUUUGCGCCCAAAUAUUCCUUCCGGAAAUUCAAAGACCUCUAGAUGGUAACGGACCCAUAGCGCAAAAUACGCAUUUCGGGUGGGUCGUAUUAGGGAAAGUUCCAGUGGAAAAUCCACGGCAAGUUCGAAGCUUCGUUCAAACUCACGAGCUAUGCAUGCAAGUGGAGAGGUUUUUUGUAAUGGAGGAAAUGCCGUUCCCAACAUAUGAAACCCUGGACAAUAUUGCUUGUGAAGAACAUUUUACCGAACACACCAUACGUCUCCCAGAUGGACGUUACCAGGUAGAAUUGCCCUUCAAAGAUGGAGGUCAUCCAGUAAUGGGUUUUAGCCGACAAAAUGCUUUUCGGCGAUUCUUAGCUCUGGAGAAGAAACUUGCUGCAGACCCGAAACUUGCCGCCGACUACACAAAAUGCAUGAAGGAAUAUGUCGACCUCCAUCAUAUGGAAGAGAUAGCAGAAAACGAUGCGGUUUUAGCAACACCGUACCACUAUUUUCUUCCAAAUCAUACAGUUUUUAAGGAUGCUAGCUCCACAACCAAGCUGAGGGUAGUGUUUGACGCAGCUUCACGAGCUUCGGAUGGGAAAUCCCUCAACGACCGUCUACUUGUGGGUCCAAGAUUGCAGACGAGCAUCAUCGAUCUCGUUCUAAGAUGGCGGACUCACCGAAUCACCUUUACGGCCGACAUCGAGAAGAUGUACCGGCAAAUUUUGGUUAGUUUCCCAGACCGAUAUUAUCAGCUUGUGAUGUGGAGAGAGCAGAAUACAGCACCUUUAAAAAUAUUCAAAAUGUAUACCGUCACUUUUGGCACCGCAAGCGCACCAUAUCUUGCCAUCAAGAUUUUAAAGAAGGUAGCUGAUGACGAGCAACACAACUUCCCGGAGGGGGCGAAGGUUGUCCGAGAGGACAUGUAUGUUGAUGAUCUGAUUAGUGGUGCAGAUUCAAUUGAAGAGGCGCGGAAAAAACGCGAUGAAGCAAGGCAACUUUUGGCAACAGCGGGGUUCAACUUGCCAAAAUGGACAAGCAAUGUGAGAGAUCUCGUCGAAGACAUUCCUGCCCAUGACCGAGAGCUAGAUUUUGAGCUUCCCAUUAACUUGUCCAACCACGUGAAAACCCUAGGCAUCAAAUGGUUCCCCAUGGACGAUUGCUUUUCAUACCAAAAUCUUCAACCUUCAGCAGAAGUCACCACCAAACGAUCGAUUUUGUCAACCAUCGCCAAGUUAUUCGACCCACUUGGCUGGAUAUCACCAUGCAUUAUCACGGAAAAAAUUAUGAUGCAGAGACUCUGGGAGCUAGGUUGUGACUGGGAUGAACCUGUUCCAGCAACAUUGAAAAAUGAGUGGGAAGCUUUUCAACGAGAACUUCCUCUCAUAGAAAAGCUACGAAUUCCAAGAUGGAUACACAUGAGUCCAACAAACAAAGCUAUCGAGCUUCAUGGCUUUUGUGAUGCGUCGAUGAAGGCGUACGGAGCAGCUGUUUAUGUUCGUGUCUUGGAUAGCGAAGGUAAAAUCCAUACCAAUCUGCUUUUGGCAAAAACAAGAGUAGCACCCAGCCAACGAACUAUAACUCUUCCUCGCCUUGAACUUUGUGGCGCAGUUUUAGUAGCACAAUUGUUGCAGUACACCAAGGAGGUUUUGGGCAUGCCCGAUAUAAAGAUGUACGCGUGGACAGAUUCCACUAUUGCUCUGGCUUGGAUACGAGCUAUUCCUGCGAAGUGGACCACUUACGUUUCCAAUCGUGUAUCGGAAAUUCAACUGCUAAUUGGUAUCAAUUGCUGGGGACAUGUUUCAACGCAUCAUAACCCAUCCGAUAUGGCAUCCAGAGGUGUAUUUCCAUCGGAAAUUCAAGGGUUGGACAAUUGGUGGUUUGGUCCUAAAUUUCUGCGUUCUCAAUGGAAUUUCGAGUCUCCAACUCAGCCUGCCGAGGUUGAUCCUGAAGAAGAACGUCGAUCCAUCAAGGUCCUUGCCACUCACUUAAUAGAUAGCGAUAAUGUGCUCCAGGCUAUCCUCAAUUCUUCGAGUCUUCUCAAGGUCGUACGAGUCAUUGCUACUUCGGUUCGAUUUAUCAUUAAAUGUCGACCUAAGUUAUACGGCAUUAUCACCGGCCCAUUACAAGCAUGGGAAUUAGAUUUGGCUCACUUACUAAUUAUCAAAGCGGCACAAAAGGAAAUGUUCGAGAAUGAAAUCGAGCAAAUCAAGCAAAAACAAAUCCCAAAACACUUACGUGCUUUGAAUCCAUUCAUCGAUGUUGAUGGGAUUCUCCGAGUAGUAUGGAUCGACGUUCUUCUUCCGAGUAGGAGGGCGUUUAGAAAAUUCUCUUCUAUCUUACAAUGCACAGCAUCCAAUACUUCUUCAAAACAACCACCAUUUAACAAGGUUGGUGGUUCGAGAUGCUCACAAAAACACUUUUCAUGGCGGUAUGCAGCAAAUGAUUAG